AUGAAUGACAGCCUCUUUGUCAGUUUGGACAGACUUUUGCUAGAAUUUGUUUUCCAGUAUGAGCAAGAUAUAAGUACCAAAGGAGAUAUGAUUCAACGAAUUAAUAAAUGCUUUGAAGAUAUUAAAGAAAACAAGGCAACUAUUUGUAAGAUACAUGAAACUAUAAAUACAACAGAUGAGGAAAUUGGUCAUUACUGUAAACAUAGUAAGGAGAUCAAAGACAACUGUAGUAACUGGAAGCCAACAUGUGAUGUUUUUCAUAAGCAUGAAGACUAUAUGCAGGACCAAUUUACUGUUUAUCAAGAAACUAUUGAAAAAGACAAAAAAAUGUACCAUGGUUAUAUAUGUCAGUAUAAAGAUGUUUUGAAGCAAUAUCAAUUAAAAUACUCAGAAACACCCCUUUCACAUGAAUAUUAUAAGAAGAAAAGAGAAUAUGAAGAAAUUCAAAAUAGAGUGUUGGCUUGUACUGAACAACUAAAAAUGAAUGAAACUAUCUUUAUGGAAUUUCUAGUGCCUGCUCCUUUUCCAUCACUUACUAAAUGGACAUUACAUAUUGUUAAUGUGAGAUGUAAAACACAAGAUAUUCUUAAACAUGCCAGCAAUUUUUCCAAAAGUUCAUCUGAAUUGAAGAAAGAAGUAGAUGAAGUGGAAAUAGAAAUUAAUUAUUUAAACCAGCAGAUUGCAAGAUUUCGUGAAACUAGGAAUCUUGCAGAAACUCUGGAAGAAAAAAAUAAACACAUGGAAAAGAGAAAGGAAUUGAAAGAAAGAAUUUUUGAAAAAGAUGAACAACAUAUACUUAUAUUGAAUAAAGCCCCUCAAAACAGUCAAUUAUUUCUUCCGUAUGAAUCUCAGAAAUUAGUCAGACCAAUGAAGAUGCAUUCUUCAGAACCAGAAGUUAUAGAUAAAAAAGAAGAAAGUUCUGUGAAGCAGGCAAAGCUUGCCAAUAUUGAUUUUAGACAGAAAGAAAACAAGAUGCAGGUACUUAAUGACUCUACUCUGAAUAUCCAUUCAAAAUGCUCAAAUUCUGUGGCUAUUAAAAAUUCACAAAAUAUGAUGCAUUUCAGAUUGUUAACUCCACAGAAACAAUCAGCUUGCAGUCAAUGGUUUGAAAAAGGAGAUGCAGAUGCUGAGUGUGAAGUUAAAGGGACAGUAAGACAAUUGAGAGAAUCAAAAUGUGCACACGUAAGUCAAAUGUUUGAACAUUUUGGGAAGCCAAUAGAAAAUAAUAGUGAUGAAGUAGAAGAAAGGGCUGAGAAUCUCCCACAAACUCCAGAAAUUCCUUUAUUUUUAAGAACUCCUGAAGCUGUGAAAACACCUGAAUCUUUGGAGAAAUUAUUGUUCCCUAAAACUCCCUCUUUUGAAAUUAACAGAAAUAGAAAUAUAAUUCCUGAAGGUCAAACACAAAAGGAAUCCCCUGGAUUUUCUUUUCUUAUGAAUUAUACUUCUAGAUCUCCUGGAUUGAAUUUAUUUGAUUCUACCAUAUUUGAUUCAGAAAUCUCAUCAGAUCAGUUUAGUGAACAUAAUUCCGCAGGAAAUUUAAACCUUCUCUCAUCACAACAAGAAAUUGGAAACUUAUUUGGGAAAUCAGAAAGAGAAGAUGCUUUUACAUUUUCUUUUUCAUCAGACUCUUCAACUCAUACAUUUGGAACUGGAAAAGAUGAUUUUAGUUUUCCAUUUUCAUUUGAACAGGAUCAAAACUCAACAUCUUCUUCUGUAAAAGGUUUUUCAUCUUCCUCACAAAAUACAACACAAUUUACUUUUUUUUGA